CUGGGAGAAGAGGGAGGAGCCUACGCCCAUCUGCUGGACGUCAACGCUUCCUUCAUCCAGGUCCGCAACAACACGGAAACCCGUACGUGGUGCCACGGAACGCCAGACUAGGAGUUCUGGAGGAAUACGUCGAGGAGGGAGCCUAUCUCAUCCACCCCGACGAAGAGGCCCUCGCGACGCUCCAAGCGCCUCUCUAGCAGCCCCAGACCAACCAGAGCGCCUACAAUACUGACAGCGAUCAGAUUGAAAGCAUGGAGUCGUUCACGAAUCCGCCGGCUGACGAGCUGCCUGUCGAGCGAGCCACGCAACAGCUCGUCGCCCAGACUAGUCUGAAGCCGAACACCGAGUUCGAAGGCCCCUUCAGCGUGACUACCUACGGCGCCUCCGCCGCUUUAGAGAUCAGCAACGUCAUCCAGGACCACGAACCCGUCUUCACCGACGACGACCAACUCGCCAACGUACCAGAAGAUCAAUGGCUCCAAAUUCCCCUGGUUGACGACUUAUCCUCAGCCAAGUUGGCUCACCGCGUCUACCUUCUGGGCCCACAACUGGGCCCACAAGAGCGCGCUCUCGUCGACGCUGAGUUCGACAAGCUCGACCAGCUCCACGAACAGGGUCGGAUGGAAUGGUCAGGACCUACACGUUUCGGCUUUCCAGUCUUCGUCGUCUAGAGGACGGUGUUAAUCAACGGCGUGCCCACCCGGAAGAGUCGCGUCGUUGUGGAUAUCCGAAGAUUGAACAGAGCAACGGUCAAGGACAGCUACCCGCUUCCUGGGCAGGAAGAUCUGACUAACGCUGUCGCGGGUUGCCCUUUCAUCUCUACCGCUGAUGCCGCAUCCUUCUUCUGCCAAUAGCCCAUGGCGUGUAACGACCGCG